AGCCCGCAGCACAGAGUGCAUGUUGCUCACCCCGCUGCACAUUUUGGGGUGACUCACGCGUAAAUGCGCGCGCAGGCGUGCGCGUGAAUCGGAUAAAUUGAGACGAUUCAGGCUUGGAAAGUGGAAAUCAGAACUGGAACACACUGGCUGACUGGCUGGCUGCUGGGGGUUCGUCCUGUGGAGCAUUCUGAUCUGAGAAUUAGCUGAUUUGAAGCUGCAGUAUAUUCACACACUUCGGUAUUUGUGCUUCACACAGAGCUGGAACUAAGUGUCUGAAACACACCUGUAACCGUGGGUGAACAUCUGAUCAUCUGAUGAUGAUGGAGGCUUCGGCUUCAUCCUCCUCCGCCGCCGCCGAGGAUCAGAGCUCAUCUAAUCUCCGACCUCCAGCUUCCUCAGGUGAUGGGUGGUAUGGGGUUGCACACGGUUGUACACGAAAACUGGGCAUGAAGAUCUGUGGAUUUCUGCAGAAGAACAACAGCCUGGAUGAGAAAGGAAGAUUGAUGGGUUCAUUCAGAGAGAAAGAACAAAGCCAUAACCAAGAGAACCGGGAUAAAGAAGCAUGCUUCACCCGCAACGAGACCGACUUCUCCAACCUGUUUGCCCGUGAUUUGCUUCCUGCUAAAAAUGGAGAAGAACCGACGAUGCAGUUUCUCCUGGAGGUGGUAGAAAUCCUCACCAACUAUGUUCGCAAGACAUUUGACAGAUCCACCAAAGUUCUGGACUUUCACCACCCUCACCAGCUGCUAGAGGGGAUCGAGGGAUUUAACCUGGAGCUGUGCGACCAACCUGAGUCGCUCGAGCAGAUCCUGGUGGAUUGUAGAGACACGCUGAAGUACGGAGUCCGUACAGGUCAUCCCAGAUUUUUUAACCAGCUCUCCACUGGUCUGGAUAUUAUUGGUUUGGCUGGUGAAUGGUUAACGUCCACUGCAAACACCAACAUGUUCACCUAUGAGAUCGCUCCGGUGUUUGUGCUGAUGGAGCAGCUCACACUGAAGAAAAUGAGAGAGAUUAUUGGAUGGCCUAAUGGAGAAGGAGACGGUCUUUUCUCACCUGGUGGCGCUAUAUCGAACAUGUACAGUGUAAUGAUCGCCCGCUAUAAAUAUUUCCCCGAGGUUAAAACCAAAGGCAUGUCAGCUGCACCACGCCUGAUCCUCUUCACAUCAGAACUUAGCCACUACUCAAUCGCCAAAGCUGGAGCAGCUCUGGGUUUCGGGAAAGAAAACGUCAUCCUGCUCAGCACAGACGAACGUGGUCGCGUUAUACCUGCAGAUCUGGAGGCCAAAGUCAUCAGCGUCAAGCAAAAGGGUUACGUUCCACUCUUUGUGAAUGCAACAGCGGGUACCACAGUGUAUGGUGCGUACGAUCCCAUCAGCGAAAUCGCUGACAUCUGCGAGAAAUACAACAUCUGGCUACACGUAGACGGUGCUUGGGGUGGAAGUCUGCUGAUGUCUAAAAAACAUCGUCACAAGCUGAAAGGUGUUGAGAGAGCAAACUCAAUGACAUGGAACCCACACAAGAUGAUGGGUGUGCCACUGCAGUGCUCGGCUAUCCUGGUUAGAGAGAAGGGCAUUCUGCAGGGCUGUAACUCCAUGUGCGCUGGGUACCUGUUCCAGCCCGAUAAACAGUACGAUGUGACGUAUGACACAGGAGAUAAAGCUAUUCAGUGUGGCAGACAUGUGGACAUCUUCAAAUUCUGGCUCAUGUGGAAGGCCAAGGGGACGGUUGGAUUUGAGCAGCAUGUUGACCAGUGUCUAGAAAUUUCAGAAUAUCUGUACAACAAAAUCAAGAACCGCGAGGGUUUUGAGAUGGUCUUUCAGGGAGAGCCGCAACACACCAACGUAUGUUUCUGGUACAUUCCACCAAGUAUGAGGAACAUGCCAGACGGAGAAGAGCGAAGAGAACGUCUCCACAAGGUGGCGCCGAAGAUCAAAGCCAUGAUGAUGGAGUGUGGUACAACUAUGGUGGGCUACCAGCCUCAGGGCAACAAAGUCAACUUCUUCCGCAUGGUCAUUUCUAAUCACGCCGCCACCAAGUCAGACAUCGACUUUCUCAUCGAUGAGAUCGAGAGGCUCGGCCAUGAUCUUUGAGAACGCAGCACUCAGCGCCGGCUACUGGAGCGCGCCGGUACUGCAGAAGCAACUUUCACCCUGUGGUUUGUACAUGGUAUAUAGUUGAAAUGUAGUUGUAGUGGAGAACGUUCCGUCCUAUUGGUAGUCUAGUUAGGUAGUAGUGACACAUGUUGUAAUUCAGACUAGAUUUGUAAUCUUCAAGAUGUUUCUCCACUUGA